UAAGUCAGAAAGUAACAUGCCUCUAAAGAGAAACGUGUUCGAUUUAAGAGUCUUUGAUAUAAAGGCUGAUAGCGUCCAUUUUAAGUAUAAUUUACUCAUCAUAAGGAGUACUACUUGGCCUCUGAAAACAGUUGUAUAAUGUCUUCUGUGGUUUGAGAAAAUAACCCUGAUCACAACAUCUGGAUUUAUUUUGGCUUUAAAACAUAAACAUUUUUAUCAGAGGUUGGCAUUUAUGGGGCAUGGAGGAUCUAAUCAAAGAUGUUCCGAGUUGCAUUUUGGGAAAUGUAGGAUCCAGUGGUUUUGGAGCUUGACCUAUACAAGGGACUAAAAGUCAGGUUAUACGUGACCUCUCCCCCUCUCCCCUGUGACCUUUGAAUCCCGGUCGACCUUCUCCCCUCUCCCCUGAGGUCAGACUGCCAUCUAUGGCGCUAGAGAAGCUCCUGGGUUUUGGGAAGCAGCUGUUGAGAGUGAAGGUGGUGAACUGUAACACGGAGGACUCCCGUCUGUCUCGAUGUCUCAACACUUUCGACCUGGUGGCCCUGGGCGUGGGCAGCACACUUGGCGCUGGCGUCUACGUGCUAGCCGGGGCUGUUGCACGAGAGAAUUCAGGUCCUGCUAUUGUACUGUCCUUCCUGAUAGCAGCCUUAGCCUCAGUGUUGGCUGGUCUGUGCUAUGCUGAGUUUGGCGCCCGGGUUCCUAAGACAGGCUCAGCAUAUCUUUACUCCUAUGUGACUGUAGGGGAGCUCUGGGCUUUCAUCACUGGAUGGAACCUCAUCCUCUCCUAUAUCAUUGGUACCUCCAGUGUGGCCCGUGCCUGGAGCGCCACCUUCGACGAGUUGGUAGGGAAGCGCAUAGAGCAUUUCUGCAGGGAGUACAUGUCUAUGGAUGCCCCAGGUGUGUUGGCAGAGUACCCUGACAUGUUUGCUGUUCUCAUCAUUAUCACUCUCACAGGUCUGCUGGCAUUUGGAGUCAAAGAGUCAGCGAUGGUGAACAAGGUUUUUACAUGUAUCAACAUCUUGGUCCUGUUGUUCAUGGUGGUCUCUGGGCUGGUCAAGGGUUCUUUGAAGAACUGGCAGCUAGACCCUGAAGAGAUCCUAUAUGCCAAUUAUACCAGUAACUCCAGCCUCAAUCUGACGGACGUCCUGCCAACCAAAGAGAGUUUCGGAGUGGGUGGCUUCAUGCCGUUCGGUUUCACAGGCGUCCUGUCGGGAGCUGCUACCUGUUUCUACGCCUUUGUCGGAUUUGACUGCAUCGCCACGACAGGUGAAGAGGUGAAGAACCCCCAGAGAGCCAUCCCUAUUGGCAUCGUGUCCUCGUUGCUCAUCUGCUUCGUGGCAUACUUUGGCGUUUCUGCUGCCCUCACCCUCAUGAUGCCGUACUACCUGCUGGACAGCAACAGCCCCCUGCCUGUAGCUUUUAACUAUGUGGGCUGGGGAGGAGCCAAAUAUGCUGUAGCUGUAGGCUCUCUGUGUGCUCUGUCUACCAGCCUGCUGGGUGCUAUGUUCCCUAUGCCGCGUGUGAUCUGGGCUAUGGCCGACGAUGGGCUGCUUUUCAAGUUCAUGGCCGAGAUCAGCCCCCGCACCAAAACCCCGCUAAUCGCAACCCUCACCUCCGGCAUAGGGGCAGCUAUCAUGGCCUUUCUGUUUGACCUGAAGGACCUGGUGGACCUGAUGUCAAUAGGGACACUGCUGGCCUACACAUUAGUGGCUGCCUGUGUCUUGGUGCUCAGGUACCAGCCAGAGCAGCCAAGUGUGGUGUAUCAGAUGGCCAGUACCCAGGACGAGGUGGAGAUGAGCGACGGCAUCAGUGUCCCCAGUAUGGGCAUCCUGCCUGGCGUAGAGGAAAGGUUUAGCUUCCAGACCCUGCUGUUCCCAGACAACCCUGAGCCGUCCACAUUGUCAGGCUUUGCUGUCAACAUCUGUGCCUCUGUCAUGGGAGGGUUGAUCCUGGUGUUCAGUGUGCUGGCAGUGCAGGGAGGCUCUGCUAUGUGGAACUUCAUAGCCCUCAGCAUCAUUUUCAUGGCGUGUCUCCUCCUCACCUUCAUCAUCUGGAGACAACCCGAGAGCAAGACGAAACUCUCUUUCAAGGUUCCAAUGCUGCCCUUCAUUCCAGUCACCAGCAUGUUUGUCAACGUCUACCUGAUGAUGCAGUUGGACAGAGGCACUUGGAUACGAUUUUCAGUCUGGAUGGCUAUAGGUUUAGUGAUCUACUUCUGCUAUGGCAUUCAUCACAGCACUGAGGCCACAACAGCCCGCUCGUCUCCAGAAACGGAGAUGAUCGGCUUCAAGCAUGACCACGAAUCAGAAACCGCGUCGCCUGAAAAGGAGGCCUUCCUUCACAACGGAAUCAGUGCCACGGAGGAGGACGAUGGAGAUAUGUAGGAAGUGUUAGGACAUGCUGCGUACAUUUCAACCUGCCCUGACGCCAGUCUGUCUGUGUAAGAGUAUUUCUAAAAGGACAGCUCCCAGACCCUCGCUGGCAGUGCUCCUUGUUGGGGAGAGUAAUGAUAAAUAACUUUGACCUAAAAUACACAGACCUGUGAUGUUCUCCUUUGACUGCUGGGUAGAACACAGACAACUGGUGAUAACACUCAUGCGAAAAACAGAACUUCUGUAGCCAUAAUUGACAUGUUUUAUUGUUUCAGAAUUGUGAUAUAAGCUCGUUACCCCUUGUGCUUGGCCUUGAGGUUCAACUGCUCGUUAUUGCUUGGCUGUCUGAAGGGGGAGGGUUCGUGCUGGAGACAUGAAACAUGUUUCCAUGUUUCAGGGAGGCUCUGAUACUGGAAAACCAUAAUAUUUGUUUCUCCUCAUGUUGGGUUGUAGUUACUUCUUUUGGGAAUGUCUGGGUUACAUUGUUGGCAGUAGGACUAUGUACACAUGUGGUAACAGCUAUUGUCUGGGUGCCAGAAGGUUCUACAGUAAUGCAUUUGUUUGUCUUUUUUCUGUUAUAGCAACUACUGUAUAUAUCUACAUAAUUCUGAAAAUCAGAUGACACACGUCAGGAUUAAAUACAGUCUGGCACCAAUAGCUACAUUCUUUUAAACUUGAUAAACACUUAUGUAACUGAUGAUGAAAUGCUGCUCUAACAGUCCUCACUGACAAUUGAGAGCUUGCACAAUACACACUGCCGCAUACUUGGCUUGUCAAUGAUGUAAUUACCCUUGUCCACCAGUAGGAAAGGGUGGUCAGGCGAGGUAUAAGUGGGCCAGUUGUGGGAAGCUGUAAAUUGCUUUCCAUGUGUCCAACAUUAAGUCUAAAGGAUUACGUCGAUAUCAUUUGAAGUUGCAGGCUUUUACUUUUAAGACCAGCACUCUAUUGUAAUUAUACAGUAUGGUUUUAAUGCAGGCAUAUGUCUCAGCAGGAAGCAGUGAUGAACAAUCAUAAGCCAUGAAUCUGACAGCAAAUUAUGAUGCGGACGUUGCUGUAUAAACGACAUAUCCUGCUCGACAGUUCCCUACACUGAGGUACAGAGAUGCAGAGGAAGUGAUUCAGUCUAAAGCCUAAAAGGAAAAAUUUUAAUUGUCAAACUAUGUGACUAGUAACAGUUUGUUAACAGAUACCUGAUUUUACAUGCUCGUCACAGUAAUUAUGACAGUCGACAGUUUUAUUUGGGAUAUUUAAUACCCUUGGUAACAACAUGGAAUCUGAUUUGUGAAUCGUGACACAUGAACAUCAGGUGUUGUUGCUGAAGGCCAGUUAAUGUCCUGUAACAUUUGAUAAUAGUGGAUUUUCACAGUGCUGGCUGCUGUGUCUUUUUGCAUCUGUAACUUGUAACAGUUAAUUUCUCUUUUAAAAAACAAUAAUAUAGGCUGACUUUUUUUUCUUAAAAUGUUCAAUUUGGAUUAAUGUAUUUGUUCUCAACUUAUUUUACAUUUAUUUUCUCAUCUUUAUUAAUGUCUUUUUUAUUGCCCACUUCCCAAAACAUGGUAACUUCCAGUGUGUUUUUCAGAUUAUGAAUCUGAUUUUUAUAUUUACAAUUAAGCAAAAGUCUAUGAAGAAUUUGAUCAGGUAGAAUUUCACCACUUCACUUGUACAUUUAUUUCUUUUUUUGCUGUCAUUAAAAUAUCUUAUACUUUA